UCUCCGCAGCGCCCGGGCGCAUCGGCCUAGGCCCCCCACGUCGACCACCAACAGCCGCCCACUCCCGAAUUCACCGAUUGAGAUCCAGAGAAGCACCGCCGCCGAGGAAACGGGAGGUAAAUUAAACUCGGCGUUUGACCAACUACGCGCGUGCAUGCAUGCGUUCUUGCAUUGCUCUUGCCUACCUCGCUGCCGAUUCGCCGUCGACGUGGUGGCACAUACAUGAUGGAGAUGUCGCUGAUGGAGGCGAUGGUGAGCGGCGGCACCGGGGAGUCGAUCCUGACGUCGAUGAAGUUUGCCGUGCUGCCGAUCGCCAAGGUGUUCACAUUGUGCUUCAUGGGCUUCCUCAUGGCCACCAGGUACAUCGGCAUCCUCGACGCCAACGGCCGCAAGCUUCUCAACGGGCUAGUGUUUUCCCUACUACUUCCAUGCCUUAUAUUCACUCAGCUUGGACGAGCAAUUACAGUGCAGAAAGUGUUAGACUGGUGGUACAUUCCUUUAAAUAUUGUUGUGGGGACAGUGUCUGGUUCUCUAGUAGGCCUUCUUGUGGCGUUGAUUGUGCAGCCGCCACAUCCAUAUUUCAAGUUCACCGUUGUCCACAUCGCUAUAGGCAAGCCAUAUUCUGCCAGCAAUUCAGCAUGGAUCCAUGGUUCCGUACGUAACAAUGGAAACAUGCCUCUCGUCCUGAUCGCCGCUCUCUGUCGAGACCCAUCGAACCCGUUUGGGGAUCCUGAGAAAUGCAAGCAGGACGGCAACGCCUACGUCUCUUUUGGGCAAUGGGUCGGGGCGAUUAUCUUGUACAGCUACGUGUUUCAGAUGCUUGCGCCGCCGCCUGGUGAAACCUUCGAUGGAAGCAGAGUGGAGAAUCCCCCUCCCCCAGCCCUGGCUGCUGCACCUGCACCUGAACAAGUUCGCCUGCUAACCUCGCGUGCAUCUGAACAAGCUCCCAAGUGCUCAAAAGCACUGGAAAUUCUGCACAUCUUUGUUGAGAAAUUUAAGCUGAAGCGAGUGUUUCAACCACCGGUGAUUGCAUCGGGGGGCAAUGAUCCCAUGCAUCUUGCUCCCCUCGGAGGCAAUCUCGUCGAUGGUCCGGGUGCGGGCAGCAAGAAGCUGGGACUGAGGACGACGGCGGCGAUCAUCAUCGGGCGGCUGGUGCUGGUCCCACCGGCGGGGAUGUGCAUGGUGGCCCUGGCGGACAGGCUGGGGUUCAUCCCGAGGGGUGACACCAUGUUCAAGUUCGUCCUCCUCCUGCAGCACUCCAUGCCUACCUCGGUGCUCUCCGGGGCCGUCGCCAAUCUGCGCGGGUGCGGGGAGGAGUCGGCGGCGGUGCUCUUCUGGAUGUACGUUUGCGCCGUCUUCUCCGUCGCCGGGUGGAUGGUGCUCUACAUCAGGAUGCUCUUCUGAGGCCUCCACCCCUUGUGUGGUUCCGUUCCCGCUUCUUCCACCAAGGAAAUGUUACUCUAUACUCCCAUCCACUCCGACCGAUAUACAUCAUACACUGCUGUUGCUUACUGCA